AUGUAUGGCCCUGAGGAGUUGAGAGGCCGCAUCAAAGGAACACGCUCUAUGGGACCAUCACGAGUGUUCUACGUGGGCCCUCGUCAGGCGGUCCGAGAAUCAGAGGCUAACUGCGCCUCGUCGUUGCAAAAUCAUAUAGAUCAGAUCGACACCAAAACCCAAGAAAUCAAACCCUCCUCCGAUGACACAUACAGCGACCUGCUCGAACUGGCCGACGAACUCCCAGACUCGUCUCCGCGGUUCGUCCUCUUGAGCUAUCCGCUGACUUUGGCUUCCGGACGCCAAUCCGUCCCCUACGUCCUCCUGUACUACCUGCCCGUGAACUGCAACCCCAACAUGCGGAUGAGCUACGCCGGGGCGGUCGAGUUGAUGCGCUCGACCGCCGAGGUGAACCGCGUGCUGGAGAUUGCCGACGCCGAGGACUUGCAGGACAUCGAGGGCCGGUUGAAGGGCGAGGACUGA